AUGCAAUUCCGGUUAUUAUUUGAUAUAUUGAACGCUGACAUUGAUGACUUAAAAACUCGAACUAAACUUACUCUUGCAGACAUACACCAAUUAAUUGAACUUUCAUUAAGUAUAUUCUAUUUUUUAUAUGGAAACAAAAUCCGAAUAAUACCUAAUUCAGGUGCUAUAGGUUUAUCUUUAAUGGUUGUUAUGGCGGAGGCGUUUUUACAAAAUAUAGGAAGAAAGGCCCUCAACACAGCAAUUAUUCAUACAUCCGAACCAAAAACUUACAAGAGAUAUGUAUAUGAUUGUUAUGCUCGCUUUGCUUCAAUAAAACAACAACAAAUGUUCCUGAACAUCCUUAAUGAACAACAUCCUGCAAUAAAAUACACAGUGGAACUUGAAAGCAACCUUAAACAAAUCAAUUUCCUAGAUAUUAAUUUAACAAACACAGGUUCUGGAACUUAUGAAUUUCAAAUACAUAGAAAAGAAGGUAUUACAAAUGUUCAACUUAAACCUAACUCAAACAUUAAUCCUAACAUUAUUAUUGGCUUUUUUAAAGGAUAUUUAUGUCGUGCAAAAAGAAUAUGCUCUCAAAAACAUCUUCAAAAAGAAAUUGAUUUUCUAAUAGAUAUCUUUAUUGAAAAUCGCCACGACAAGAUAAUUGAAUUAUUGAUUAAAAAUGAUAAAAACAAGAUAAAGAUGUUUUGGUAG